UUUGUUUGUCUACCUAUCGUGAACCUUUAAAAUAGUCUGAGAAAUAAAAACACCUUUCAGCUCAUAAUAAAUUCAUAUUGAUAGUCGGCUUGCUAUGAAUGUUAUUGGAAAACUUAGACAUGGAAAACAUUGGUUCGAUUCCAGUCAUAAAGCAUGAAUGUUAUCAUCCCAAAAAUAAUGUGAUUAUGGGAGCUACGAACAUCAGAGACAAGAAGGGAAGAUCCUACUACACCACGAAUGACUGCCUGAAAGUUCUGCUGAUAAUAUCGCAAUUUUUUGGCGUUUUUCCGAUUCAUAAGGUUUUCGAAUCGAACAAAAACCUCAUUUUCAGAUGGUCUUGGAAAGUGGUGUAUACAAUUUUUUUGGCUCUUUCUUUUUUUAUAUACAGUGUUCUGUCGUUCGUCAAAGCACUCCAGGAAGAAGGUAUUUUCUUGUAUCAAAUGAUUACCCCUCUGUACAACUUAUGCAUUUGUCUCAUUCUAUUGACUUUCAUACAAAUUGCAAGGGAUUGGCAGCAGUUCUCUAGGUUGGUUUCCAAAGUGGAAAACGAAUUUUCAUCAAAAUAUGAAAGUGGUUUCAGGUUACCCCGAAAAAUAUAUUUUAUCAGUAGCAUUUUACUAAUAGCUGCAUUUGUCGAACAUGCUUUAUCAAUAGGUUUUAUGGUAUUAUCCAAAAAUUGCGACAACAAAUCCACUGGCUGGGAAUAUUAUUUGAAGAAACAUUUUCACUAUGUUUAUCAUUACAUCGAUUUCAGUCUACCAAUUGGAUUGAUAUGCUUUAUUCAAAGUUGGAUGGGCGCUUUCAUCUGGAAUUUCUGUGAUGUUUUUAUCGUAGUUGUCAGCAUAAUAAUGACUGAAAGAUUCCAUCAGAUCACAGUGAAAGUGAAGAAUCAUCUUGAAAACCAAGGAUUAAUGUUCCACUCUAGGGUGGGUAGCAGAAGAAUUGGAAAACUUUUCAUUAAUGACAGCGUCAAGAGUGAAAUCCAAUUCUGGGGUGAGAUACACGUGGACUAUGAUAAAAUGUGCAAUAUCAUCCAUCUACUGGACGAAAUUUUGUCAAACCUACUUCUUGUAUCAUACAGUACGAAUCUUAUCUUCAUCCUUAUUCGUUUAUUUGUUAGUUUGAGGCAAAUGUCGAGUAAUGUGGAGAUCAUUUAUUUUUAUUCUUCCUUUGCUUGCGUCAUAUCUAGAACGAUUUUGGUAUCGAUUUUUGGAGGCUUAAUGAAUGACGAAACUAAAUCUUUGGUACCAUAUCUCAAUACUGCUUCAACCCACGAAUAUAAUGAUCAUAUGCUGAGAUUGUUGCAACAAAUAAACUUCUCAAAUAACGCUCUCACAGGGCAUAACUUCUUCAAAGUCACCAAAGGUUCUGUUCUGAAUGUUGCAGCAGCUAUUAUAACCUAUGAGCUAGUUCUCAUCCAAUUUAAUCAGCGUUCUUUGGAAAAAAUGGCUUAUGUUGAAAAUAGCACAAUUUGUUUCUGAUCCUUCAUUUUGAACUAUCUAAGUUAACUUGAAUUGUUUGAUAUAUGGAUUAAAUUAGUUA